GAGAGGCAUGGCCGCGCGAAGCACACAUGGAGUUGCGAAGAUGUUCGUCAUCUGCUGCAGGCGUCGAGAGGCAGGCGACUGCUGCAGCAGAACGACACCAACUAUGUUGCCGAGCAGAUAAUAUUCGACUGCUUGACUCGUUGGAAGGAGCCGACAGAGCAUUACAUCCAAAAAGUUCGCGGCCUAUUGGACGACCUGAUUGAGCGUUCAGUCUCUGCUAGCCGACAAGGAGGGGUGCACGCAGUCUCAAGUUUUCCGGCCCUCCCAAAGAGCCUCGCUACCGAGAUCAAGAAGGCGAUGGAAAAGCUGGUCGAGCAGCGUAACAGCUGUUGUGUACAAUCGUGCCGUAAUGUGUUGCACCUGUUCGAUUCCCGAGAUAGCAGACGCAUCGAUCUUCAGCAAGAUCAACUGAGGCAGCGCAAGCAGCAGUGCCUCAAGCAGCUCAAGCAGCAGUGCCUCAAGCAGCUCAAUUUGCAACCCACGACAAGGGGAAACGCUACAGGGGCAAGAAGGGAAAAGGCUACAGGGGCAAAACGGGCCUCUCUCGUUGCCGGUGUCGUUAGUGGUGUCGCCGCGGGGGCCUUGGACAUCCGGGCCCCGGUCUCAUUCAUCAGCGGUGUCCUGAUUGGGGGGAGUGUUUACGCUAUGUGGCCACGCAAGUCGGUCGAUGCACUUCUGGGCACGCAGCGGUCGAACAGUGCUUCCCACGACGAUGCCGACAGCGACAUCUAUGAGGGUAUGGCUCUCGCAAUGGCGUAUUGCGAGAUGGCCGUGGAGAUUUACCACGUGAUGAUCCAAGCUGACGUCACCUGUGAGCUCACAGAGAAGUUUUGCCGCGAUUUGCCUCAUGCCUUGCGCGAAAGGCUCAACCUGAAUUCAGCAAUGCCUAAGGACCUGCUUAGAUAG